ACCUCAUGUCAGACUGAGGACAGACUACACUGAAACAUUGCAGGCAGCAUCAGCAGCAGCAGCAGUUGCACUGAAACAAGGAUUGUCCUCUUUUCAGUAGUUUUCCUGAGUCCACGUUCUUGAGCCUGCUGCGAGACAUGGCCCAAAAACUCACUUUGGAAGAGAGGGUACAGCAGAACAUGGCUCGGGCUCAGAGCAUGCCAGAUGAGGAGAAGGUCUUCAGGCACAAGGGGAUCCUCUAUCCCACAAUCAUGAGCCCGAUGGAGAAUCUGGAGGCCCUUAGGACCCUGGAGGCGCGGCAAGAGGACGUGGUGCUGGUGGCCUACCCAAAGUGUGGAUUUAAUUGGAUGGUGGGAGUUCUACGAAAGAUCAUGACAACAGCUGCAGGAAAGACAAUCGUUAUGGGCCCUCCUCAUUUAGAGUUUAUGUCUCCAGAUAUGCAAAAGGCGUUAGCACAAGAGGCUUCUCCCAGGCUAAUGGCUACUCAUCUGCACCCUGAUGAGAUGCAUCCCUCCUUCAGGGAGAAGAAAGCAAAGAUCUUGGUGGUCUGGAGGAACCCCAAGGACACGCUGGUCUCGUUCUAUCACUUCAUGAACAAGAACCCAGUGCUGCCCAGCGUGGAGUGGGACAAGUUCUUCUCAGACUUCAUGAGUGGAGAAGUGCUGUACGGCUCAUACUUUGACCAUGCUGUAGCCUGGGAGAAGCUCUUCAAUGACCCAAAUGUGAAGAUGAUCACAUUUGAGGACAUGAAAGAAGACUUGAUUAGGGGCAUCAGAGAAGUCUCACAGUUCUUCGGCUUCACCCUAACUGACGAGCAGAUCCAGACCAUCUCAGGUCAAAGCACAUUUGAUGCCAUGAAGGACGAUGCUAACAAAACCCAUGGCAAAUUCAGCCAUGUGGUGUUCCGUAAAGGUGAGGUGGGUGACUGGAGGAACCACUUCAGUGAGGCCCAGAGCCAACAGAUGGACGAGGAGUUCAACAAGAGACUAGCAGGAACCAAACUGGGGGCCCUGCUCCAAUACGACACCUAUUGCAAGUAGGGAGCUGUUACACAGAUGCAUUCUUAUCUUUGCCUGAGACAGGAUGGCACGUCCAGUCGAAGCACAGAAGUGAACACAAGCAAAUGAAGAUAAAUAUCUUUUUGAGUUUCAACUCCUGAACGGAAUAGUAAACCUCAAAUAAAACAAAACUAAAAGCUUUGAUGAAAUGUGAAGACCUACUUUAGCUCAAAAAUACCAUUUCACAUUGUGUUGUCAUCAUCAUCAUUCUUGUCAUCAUCUCCAUCAUCAGCAAAGAGAAAUGAAUAACGGAAGAGUCAAGUUUCCAGUUGUGACAGACUCAGGACACUGUCAUGAAACCUUUGCUUAUCCGAGAUUUGUCCAGACUUUUUAAAGGAAGUUUGUGUAACAUUUAAUUCCUGCUUCUGGCAUUACUUAAUAGUGCUAAUGCAACUGCCUUUGUGAAUGAAGAUUUUAUUUCUCUUUCAAAUUUACUUGCCACUCUUAAUUAUGUUAUAGGUGGUGUUGAUCCGGGGAUAAUGUCAUUUUGUAAUAUAGUUGACAUAUAAGUCACUUUGGACAACAGUGUCUGCUAAAUCUAAUUAACCCAUCUAUUAUACCUCACAUGAAAUCACAAUAAAUGUUUACCUUGUAAAUUCUGCAUUUUUAAAAAAUUGUUUACAUAAUUUUUUUCCCCCAUUGCUUUGUUUAGGACCUGAGUACUAAAUUUCGCUUCUACAUGAAAAUGUAGGAAUGACAAUAAAGCUUCUGGAAUCUUGAAUCUUAAAUAUAAGAAAUGGUAGUCUUACAUAUUCUGUAGAACAGAGUCCUCUGGUGGUUAGGAAAGAAUACAACAGGCACACUUAAUAGUGAACUUUUAAAAAAAAACAGGAAAAAUUGAGUUCACACACACACACACACACACACACACACACACACACACACACACACACACCUUUGUCACUGAAGCCCAGGAAUUCCAAUUUCAUCUUCCAAACACAUGACCCGAUGACCCAUCAUUGGAAAUGUCAGAAUCCUGGAGACAAAAGAGAAUGGAGAUUGCCCUCAGCACAAUAGAUGAGAACAACUUGAGGUUGGCCUUGAAGAGGUUUCAGUGUACACACAGCAGUGAUGUGCUCCGUCAAAAACCGGCUCUUAGAACCCUGGAUGUGAGGUGAUGCUCUGAACAACAAUGGAAAAAAAAUGAAUAAUGCAGUUAAUAAAGUAUCCUAUUAUCAUAUAACCGGAAAAUACAGGCAUGUAUUGUACUCCCUACAGAGUAAUCACAGUUUUUGUUGUAUUUGAUCAGUGUGCUAAAUUAUGAACUCCAGGUGCUUUAAUCAGGAAGUAGGGUAAUAAUACCACAUUGUGAUUUGAGCAUAAUUUAAAAAAUCUCUUAUCGCUGCCUCAGUAAGAAUUUUUUUUUUGCUUGUCAAUAAUGAUUAAACAUUUACCAGUUA